AUGUCUUUACUUGAAGGCGGUGAUAGAAGUUGUUAUAAUCUACCUUCACAUGAUGAAGUUGCAGUUGUAUUUGUUGGCGAAGAUGGUGCUUCCCCAACUUCCAGGGAAGUUGUUAUUUACCCAAGAGGUCAUCCUUUAAAAAUUGUAUCAAGCAAAGUUGUAACGCAUGUUCAAGUUAUUGAGUUUCAAAAGCGUGGUUUGCCGCAUGCCCACAUUUUACUUCAUUUAGCAAAUGAUGAUAAACUUGAAACAUCACAGGAUAUCGAUAAUUUGAUUUGCUCAGAAAUUCCAGAUCCGAUAGUUAAUUGUGAACUUUAUGAUAUUAUCAAAACUUGCAUGAUUCACGGCUUAUGUGGGAUACUGAAUCCAAAUUCUCCCUGCAUGAAAGAUGGGGUGUGCAGCAAAAAAUAUCCUAAAGAUUUUAAUGCCAACACAGUAGCUGUUCACAAUGGUAAUCCGCGCUAUAGGCGUCGUGAUAAUGGGUUGGUUAUCAAUAUUAAAGGCAACAAUGUAGAUAACCGUUGGGUGGUACCUUAUAAUCCUUGGUUAUCAAAGAAAUAUCAAGCCCACAUUGAUGUUGAAGCUUGCAUGUCUGUAAAGGCUGUUAAAUAUUUGUAUAAAUACAUAUACAAACGGCAUGAUUGUGCGAAUGUUUUGAUAAAUGAACAGGUUAAUCACGAUGAAAUAAACACUUUCUUAGAUUGCCGUUAUGUUAGUGCACCUGAGGCGCUGUGGCGAAUAUUUGAGUAUCCCAUAAGUCAUAUGUCACACUCUAUUAUCCGUCUUAAGGUUCAUCUUCCUGAGAAUCAGAUUGUGUAUUUUAGAGAAGGAGAAGAACAAGUGGCGUUAGAUCGUGCUGCUCAACGUGAUACACACAUUACGGCCUGGUUUAAAUUGAAUUCUGAAAAUGAAGGAGCCAAUCGCUAUUCAUAUGUUGACAUUCCAUAUCACUUUGUAUUUGAUGAUAAACAUUGUAAAUUGAAGGUUAGACAAAGAGGUGGAAAUAAGGUGAUAGUAAGAAUGUAUAAAGUUAGUCCAACAGGAGAAUUAUUUUUUCUUAGAUUGUUACUUUUACAAGCAAAAGGAGCAAAAUCUUGGGAGGAUUUGCGUACUGUUAAUGGAAUAGUUCUUGAAACCUUUCGUGAAGCGUGUGUUUUUAAUGGUUUAUUGCAAGAUGACACUGAAUGGCAGAAUACUCUUUCUGAGGCAGUUUUAACGCGAAUGCCUAAGCAAAUCAGGCAGCUGUUUUCAAUUAUUUUAGCCAUUUGUGAACCUGAUGACCCUUUGCAUCUUUGGAAUUCAUACAAAGCCUUUAUGAUGGAGGAUUUCAUUCAUCGCCAAGUUCCAUUUAUAUUAGCUGAACAAGCUACUCUUCUUCAAAUCGAAAAGAUUGUUAUUCAAAGUGGUAAAACGCUAUUUGAUUAUAAUUUGCCUGUUGUUGAUGAACUCAUAGAUUUUAAUCUGGAAAAUUUAAAUGAUAAUGUUCAGCAAUCAAUUGACGAAGCUAAUCGAAUGAGACCGCUUCUUAAUGUCAAUCAAUUAAAUGUAAGUAUUGCUGUCCUUGCUGCAUUAAACGAGCAACCAUGUGUAGAAAAUCAACAUUCCAGAUUGUUUUUUAUGGAUGGACCAGCCGGUAGUGGCAAAACUUUUACAUAUAAUUAUUUGAUUGCUGAAAUGAGCAGUAGGGGUGUUAAAUCUGCUACAGCUGCAUGGACUGGCAUAGCAGCAACUCUUCUUACAAAUGGAUCUACGCUGCACGGGUUAUUUAAACUUCCUGUCCCAAUACUGGAUAACAGCACAUGUAAUGUGACUCCUAACUCUAUUCAGGGACAAUUUUUAAGGCAAGUUAGUUUGUUUAUGCUUGACGAGACAUCCAUGAUUCCCAAACACGCUUUAAAUGCAAUCGAUUGGCAAAUUUUGCCUAUUGUGAAAAGAGGGAGACCAGCUGAAGUUGUAGAAUCAUGUAUAAAAUGUUCUUUACAGUGGCAAUGGGUGCAGAAGUUUACAUUAACUGAAAAUAUGAGAGUACGUGAUGGAGAAGGAGAUUUUUCCGAAUGGCUGUUAAAACUUGGUAGUGGAACAAUACCUGGCAAGGAGGAAGAUCCUUUAAAGGGAUGUAUUGAAAUACCGCAACAGUGCAUUAUUAGAGAAAACGAAUCAACUGUUGAAAAAAUAUUUGGAGAUGCUCAACAAGAUGAUUAUGCUAAACGGGUCAUUUUAACACCCACCAAUGUGGAUUCAUUGUCAAUCAAUGAAGAAGUGCUUGAACGUCUACAUGGAGAGGUCAAAACUUAUUUAAGUGCUGAUCAAAUAGACACUGACAAUCUUAAUGAAAGAAAUAAUUUCCCUGUUGGGUUUUUGAACAGCUUAACUCCUUCAGGUAUGCCUACUCAUUGUUUAAAAUUGAAAAUUGGUUGUGUAAUUAUGCUACUUAGAAAUUUAGAUCUUAAAGCUAGGCUAUGUAAUGGAACCCGAAUGAAAGUUUGUGCUCUCCAAAACAAUUAUAUUGAUGCAGAGAUUUUGACAGGUGUUUCUGAAGGUAAACGGGUAUUUGUUCCUCGAAUUCAGUUGGCUCCAUCAGAUUCUAAUUUACCUUUUGUUCUAAAACGUCGUCAGUUUCCUGUCAGAUUAGCUUAUUCGAUGACAAUCAAUAAAAGUCAAGGUCAAACAUUUAAUAGAGUUGGGUUUAGUAAAAGGAUAAAUGUAGAUAACUCAAAAUUGGUUUUUUAG